AUGUCCAGAAGAUACGAUUCCAGAACGACAAUUUUUUCGCCCGAGGGCAGAUUGUAUCAGGUCGAAUAUGCACAAGAAGCGAUCUCCAACGCAGGUACGGCCAUAGGUAUAGUGACAAGCGAAGGUGUGAUAUUAGCAUGCGAAAAGAAAGUCACUUCGAAAUUGUUGGACGACGAUGGAAGCGCUGAGAAACUUUACCUCAUCAACGACCAGAUGAUCUGUGCAGUUGCUGGUAUGACUGCUGAUGCGUCGAUUCUAGUCAACAAUGCGAGGGUGCAAGCGCAGCAAUAUUUGAAAACCUAUAGCGAGGAGAUCCCCUGCGAGAUGUUGAUCAAAAGAGUGGCGAACAUCAUGCAAGGUUACACCCAACACGGUGGGUUGAGGCCCUUUGGCGUCAGUUUCCUCUACGCGGGCUGGGACGACAGAUUCGGGUUCCAGCUAUACACUUCCAAUCCUUCGGGAAAUUUCAGUGGAUGGAAGGCAACCAGCAUUGGAGCCAACAACUCGGCUGCACAAACGCUAUUGAAGAAGGACUACAAAGAGGAAUUGACUUUAAAAGAAGGCUGCGAGCUUGCCAUCAAGGUCUUGUCCAAGACCAUGGACGCCUCCAAUUUGAACAGCGAGAAAUUAGAGUUUGCUACAUUGAGUUUAGACAAGGAAGGAAGAGUUUUGCAGAAAAUAUGGAGCAAUGAGAAUGUCGAUGCAUUGAUAAAAGCUAGUGGAGUCUUGAGCGAUAAGAGCAGCGACGAUUAG